AUGCCCCAGUACGACCAGUAUACCGGCUUCCAGGUCAAGUCCCCCGAAACCUGGACCGAGUUCCACAAGAACGAAUUCGACGUGAAACCCUUUGGCGAUUAUGAUGUAGAGAUCAAGAUUGAGGCGUGUGGCGUUUGCAGCAGUGAUGUCCAUACCGUUACUGGAGGUUGGGGUGACCAACACUUUCCCUUGGCCGUCGGACACGAAAUCGUCGGCAAGGCUCUCCGUGUCGGUCCCAAGGUCACCCUCAUCAAGGCCGGCCAGCGUGUCGGCGUGGGCGCCCAGUCGUGGUCGUGUCUCGAGUGCCGCCAGUGCAAGAACGACAAUGAGACGUACUGCGCCAAGCAAAUGGACACGUUCGGCGCCGUCUGGCCCGAGACCGGCAUCGUCACCCAGGGUGGUUACUCUUCGCACGUGCGAACACACGAGCACUGGGUGUUCCCCAUCCCGGAUGCGAUUCCAAGUGAGCUCGCCGCACCCAUGAUGUGCGCCGGCAUUACAAUGUACAGUCCUCUGGUCCGAAACGGCGCCGGGCCGGGCAAGAAAGUUGCCAUUGUGGGGUUGGGAGGGCUUGGACACUUUGGCGUCUUGUUCGCAAAGGCUCUCGGUGCCGAGACCUGGGUCAUUUCGCGUACGCACAGCAAGGAAGAGGACGCCAAGAAGAUGGGUGCCGAUGGUUUCCUGGCCACCGCCGACAAGGGCUGGAACGAGCCUCACAAGUUGACCUUUGACCUCAUUGUCUCAACUGCCAAUGCCUUUGGCGAGGAAUUUGAUCUGAGCGCCUACCUGUCCAUCCUCGAUAUCCACGGCAAGUGGAUCUCGGUCGGUCUUCCGGAGAAUGAGACGCUCCAGAUCAAGCCGCAGGACCUCAUCUCCAACGGUGUCCUCAUCGGCUCGUCCCACCUCGGCAGCCGGCGGGAGAUGCUGGAGAUGCUCAAGUUGUCGGCCGACAAGGGCAUCAAGUCGUGGGUUGAGACUGUCCCCAUCAGCGCCGAGAAUCUCGGCAAGACCAUGCAGAGGUUGCAGAAGAAUGACGUGCGCUACCGUUUUACCAUGGUCGACUAUGACAAGCAGUUUGGCGCAUAG